CUUUUCAUUUCCCUAUUCCCAGCAGCCAGCUCCUAGCAUAUAAGAAGAAACUUCUGAGAGCCUCUUAUUGAAGGUUCAUACCUCUCUCCUGUCUUCACCCUUUUAAUUAAUGUUACAUGCAAAAAUGGAGUGCAAAAGGUUUGUACUACUGAUAAUAUUGGCAUUUGUAUUAGUGCCUGUAAAUUGUGAUGAGUCUUCGUUAAAUGGGCCAUACAAUAGAGGCAUUGAAGAGUGUUAUCACUGCAAAACGAAUCCACGGGGAUUACAGGCGUCAUCCGACAGACCGGUGUGUAUUAAAUGCAGGUGCUGUGCCGGGGCCGUUUCUGACCAUUUCCAGAGCGACCAGUUUGAGAAGAUGUUCUCAAACCGUAACUCCCUUGAGGUUGAGGACCAUGAAAAUAAGGGCUUCUUGGACUACGAGUCCUUUAUCACUGCCUCUGCUCACUACCAGCCCUAUGGCUUUGGUACUACCUACAUCCACGGGAACUUCUUCGGAACCAAGGAAGUCGCAGCUUUUCUUGCCCAUGUUGCCACCAAAACUUCCUGUGAAAAUAAAGUGGGCACCAUGAAACAAUUAGCCAGGGAUUCCUGCUAUAACAAGGAAAUGAAUUCCAACUCGGAUUACUGUGAUGAGCACUAUAAAAACAUUUAUCCAUGCAUUCCUGGAGUUGCAUACUAUGGUCGGGGUGCUCUACCUUUUUAUUGGAACUACAAUUAUGGAGAAGCAAGUAAAGAUCUAAAAGUGGAUUUGUUGAGCCAUCCAGAAUACAUUGAACAAAAUGCUACCUUAGCUUUCCAAGUUGCACUUUGGAGGUGGAUGACACCAAUUAAGAAGCAUCAGCCUUCAGCACACAAUGUCUUUACUGGUUACUGGAAACCCACCAAGAAUGACACUUUAGCCAAGAGAGUUUCUGGUUUUGGUACCACCAUGAAUGUGCUUUAUGGAGAUCUUGUUUGUGGUCAAGGUGAUAAUGAGUCUAUGAACAACAUCAUCUCUCAUUACUUGUAUUACCUUGAUCUUAUGGGCGUUGGCCAAGAAAAAGCAGAGCCUCGUGAGGUGCUUAGUUGCGCUAAGCAGGUUGCUUUCAAUCCAUCUUCCUCAUCUCCUUGAGCUUUGUCCAGUGCUCAUGGAUAGUCCAUCCUUUGUUGAACUAACCCUUUUUAAAGAUAAUGCAUUAAUAAGGUUCAAUGAACCUAUCAAUUAACAAAAAGGAAAUGUUCAAAUAUGAUAGGGAGUAAGAGUUUGAAUA